CCUUAUUCAUUUACUUCUAAGGAUAUGGUAUAUUAAAAUAGAAAAACAAUGAUAAUUGAAAGAAAAAAAAAUGCGUGGCCACUAGGAUACUCUUUAGUUACGGGCUUGAUUUCGGGUUUGUGAAUUGUGAUGAGUUGGGUGAUGAGUCGGUAUUGAUUUUAAGGAAGUUUAAGGAGAUGGGUUGCUCCUCUCGUUGUUUCUCUCUCUAAAACUCGGCCGCAACCGGUUCGAUUCUCCACCCUCCUCCCCUCUGCUUCCGCCUUCGAUCGCCAGUCAGGUUGAGACCCGGACAUUUGAGGAGAUAGAAAAGGUAUUGGAAUAUGCAUCUCAAACAAAGACUUCCUUGACGCGGAUAAUGUUGGAUAAUAUGGUUGUACCACUACCAAAUGGGGAUGUUGAUGUAUCCAUGCUCGAACAAGCUGUGAAAUUGAUUGAUCGGAGAUUCGAAACUGAGGCAUCUGGUAAUGUUACUCUUGAAACCGUACACAAGAUUGGACAAACAGGGGUUGACUUCAUUUCUAGUGGUGCACUGACUCAUUCUGUAAAGGCUCUAGACAUCUCCCUCAAGAUUGAUACGGAGUUGGCCCUUCAAGUGGGAAGGCGUACAAAACGGGCAUGAUCGAGAAGUUAUCGGCCGGGUAAGGUGGUGACUUCGAACUUGUCAACAGUUGGUACAAAACCCUCUUAUGGGAGCCUAAUGUAUCUUAUAGACAGGCAUGCCCCUUUCGCUUGACCUCGUGCCGCCAGACGAGCAACAUGCCCCUUGGAAGUUUUGAACAAGUCUUCAACAUUAUACUAUUACUUCAAUUUGAACAAGUCUCAUGUCAUGAAUUGAGAUAUAUUCUGCAGCAAUUUCUGAAGUUUUUGAUUCCCAUUUGACAAAUGAUAAGACGACGACGAUGCCGAUGACGGCGCAUGCAUCCUUGAAUAAUAUCGAUGGAUUUAUCGAUUUAAAUAAGAAAUAGUUGCUACUGUAUUGUGUACCUAAUUGCUGUUGUACUGCAAAAUACAGUAGAGCUUUGAAAUAUACAAAGCAUUUGACAAGUUGUUCAUGCAAUACGAUAAAUAAUACAUUAUCCAUUUAUCCUAA